CAUCGAGGUACAAUAACUGCCUGCCUUGAAGUACCUACCUCCUUGCCUAAUUCCUGAAUACGAGAAGGCGUAUAUGGAGUAAAAAAAAAAAAAAAGCCCAUUCGCCAUUUCUCCCCAAGACUUUUUUGCCUGAUUAUUGAUGCCAGUUGGUUUGGAACUCUUUCACCCUUUUAUUUCCCUUUCAUGUCUGCCAAAAGGGUAGCGGUUUUGAGCUCGACUAACCGGUACUGGCAGCCUGUCUUUGAUCAUCAAGAACUCACUUCAUCUUUCCUAUAUUAAAUAUUGAGUCAGGACGUGACGCGCACUGUUGCUUUCAUCCUGAAAAGCGAACCGUUCAUCUUGUUGGUUCAUUUCAGAUUGGCAGCGAAACACUAGCACACACCUCGACAACUUUGGGGGGGUCAAUACACUCACUACUUCCUGGGAUACUAUAUUAUUUCUCACCAGCAAAAACAAAAAGCUACCUUUUCUCAAAGGAUUAUUCAACGCUCACCUCAACUGCCAUCUUUUUACUUGGUCGGAAGAAUUUCAGCAAACCAAAACUAACAGCGGACUUGCCAUUCACGUAUAAUUCUGCUUUGAGAAUAAUAAAGCUCUCUCCAAAACCCCAACCAUGGCAUCACAGAAACGAGUGCAAAAGGAACUUGCAGACUGCAUGGCCAACCCGCCAUCUGGCAUGACCGUCAGCCUCCCGUCGGACGCCAACAUCUUCACAUGGCACGUGACGUUGGCCGGCCCUGCCGACACGGCCUAUGCGGGCGGGCAGUACGGGCUGGUGGUGAAGCUGCCGACCGACUACCCGUUCAAGGCGCCCAUAAUCACGUUCGCCACGCGCAUCUACCACCCAAACGUGACCAACGACUCGGCCGGCAACAUUUGCAUCUCGGCCCUCAAGCCCGAGAAUUGGAAGCCUGCCAGCAAGCUGCUCGGCGUCCUCGAGGCCGUCAGGAGCCUGCUCGUCGAGCCCAAUCCGGACGACCCCCUCGAGGCUAGGAUUGCCGAGGAGUACAAGUCCAACAGGCAAGAGUUUGAAAAGAACGCAAAGAGCUACGUCCAGAGGUACGCAAAGGGCCCACCGACCUUUGCUACCCCGCAGGCUGAGGUGGCCAAGGAGUCCAAGUGAGAGGCCGGGCUUCGUGUUUUUAUGAGCUUGGACUUUUUUACCGAUGGAACGGAGAGAGGAAAGGCAAAGUGGUGCUGUGAUUCGACGACAAGUAUGGUUUUAUCUGGCGUUGAUUUGGCACUCGGGUAAUGUUUGCUUGGUUUGAAGUGAACCCGGGCAGCACGCGAAACAAAAUGCGUCUCUUACGGCAUUGUAUUAUUUUACUAAACAAGAAAGCCAGGUUUCCCUGCCUCAAUAUUCAGACACCACAUAUCUUACUGACCUUCAGUUAAUACCCUGGUCCAGUCAAAUUUCCUCCAACGCUUCUUGAAGUCGUCCGUCCGGCUAUCUGACCUCGACCACCUCGGCUGUUUCUUGAUGAGGUCCAUGUCCGAAUCCAGCAUGCCGCCGAUGAUCUCUCGCGCAAACUGAUCUCCCCUGGGCCAGCUAGACUCGUCCUCCACGAUGUGGCCCAGCCCACCGUCCAGGUUGAACCAGACGUGAAAGUACGGCGCCUCCUUGGCGAUGCUCCGACGAAAGGCUAGCUUCCCCAGCCCUUCGCGCGCCUUCUUGGCCGUGUCGACGUACUUUUUGUGCUGCGACCACUCCUCGCCCACCGUCAGCAUCGCCUCCUUGAAGAAGGCGGGCGCCGUGUCACCCUGUUCGUAGGGGAUCGGCACAGCCACCAUGUGCGCGUGUCCGCGGCGGUGCGGUGCCGCCGCGUUCUCGUAAAAGAGCACUUCGCGUCCCUGGUCGUGAUACAGGCGCGUGAGGGACUUCAUAAAGUUUCGCAUCUCCUCCCACUCGUCGUCGUCGCACUCGAGCAGGUUCUGGCGGUGGCUGAGCGGCACCAGGACGGCACCGCCUUCCGCACCGUUAUUUAGCUCGGGGCCCGGCGCCACAGUCAGGUAGACGCGAGUACCAAGCGAGAUGACGGGGGCAAUGGGGAGGUUACGCGGCGGCUCGCGGUCCUCAUGGUGGCAGAGCGGACAGCUGUCCAGAAUCUUGUUCAUGCGUUGGAACUCGCCGACUGCCAGGGCCUUGAGCGCCGCGUCCGACUUAUGUGUGCGCUUGGCUAGUCGCUCCGCGUUCUCCUCCAUGUACUCGAGGUCAUUGUCGAACUUGCCGUCACGUGCGAUCCGCUCCGCCAUCUUCAUGCCAUCGCCACCUGCCUGGCCCCUUGUGCGCUUCUCCUCCCGGACCAUGUCGUCGAUAGUCAUGUCGUCGUUGGCGACCAAGGUCCCGCGCUCGCGGCCGCGCUUGGUGUCGAGCGCCUUGGUCUCAGCGCGGUGGCCCCCUGCAGCUAACAUGCGGCUGUGAGAGGCGUCCAGGACGACGGCGCGGUCGUUGGACACGCCCGAGGUGAACGAUGCCAUAGCUGCGUUGUAUUCAGCUUCGAGCUUGUCGGCAUCAGGGGCUCGGCGGAGUUUUGCCUUCAUCAUGGCCGCGCGCAUCCUAUUCAGUGUUGUUUGGUCGACACGGACGGCGGGCGGGUCGUCUACUACUACACCCUGCUCUGGUGGGGACUCCGGAGCGUCCUGGAUUUCGCUUGGAUGACUGUCGUCAAUCUUUCGCUCUUUGUACAGCUCGCCGGUAGGUCCCUCUUUGACCUUGUAGCCACUGCCAUAUGUCCUGCGCCUAUCCAUCUCGAUUCUUUCCUCCCGAGCAUCGUCAAACUCACGAAUGCUUCCAAAUGUUUCUGCUCCAAUCUCGUCCACGGGUCGUCCUGUCCUCUUGGCUGUGUCAUAGACUCCUUUUAAUUUGGUCAUGCGCCACUGAGAGCCUUCAUCGCCAAAUUUGUAGCUGACUUCAGUCUGCGUCGGGACUUCCAGAUCUUCAAAGGCCUUGCCGCUGUUCAUGGCAGCUAGCACACCACUAUUGAUCUCCCUCUCCGAGAUGACGCGUUGCUCGGGCUCCUUCUUGACAGGACCCUUGUCUUUCUGUGGUCGGUGCACAUAAUCAACAUCAAGGGCCGACGGUGCAGUCAUCCAAGAGUCCCUGACAGGUCGAGCUGCAGCUUCAGCGGAGGGUGUUUCUUCGUCUGGCAGUGGAAGGUCCUCCUUGGGGUCAUGAGAUUGGAUAUAGCUCGGUUCACCCGAAUCAUCCCGUUCACGCCCGUGUCGACGGCUGGGUGAGCCGUGCCUGUGCCUAUGCCUCCGCCUCGAGCUGUCCUUGUCGCGGUCAUUUUCAUCCUCGUCUUUCCGAGAUCUUUUGUGUCGGUGUCCAUGCUCGUCGCGGUCCCGGUCACGUUCACGAGAAUCGUGCCUCCUGUGCUUGUGUCGAUGCCUGUCCGAGUCGCGAUCGUGAUCGCGGUGCUUUUCACGGUCGCCAGUACGAUCUGAGGACCUGUCGCGUCGAUGGUGAUGUCGGCGUUUCUCCUUGCGUUCGGCUCUUUCUUGUUCGCGUUCUCUUUCGGCCUUGUCUGCGGCCAAUUGUUUCUCAAAGUCGUCCAGCCCGUCCAUUUUAAGUGGUUGAACUUAAUACAACGUAGUACAAGUCGAUACCGCGAUUUGAAUCUUAAGCUCGCGAUGAUCGAGGCUGGCUGUGGUUGGUAUUUGCAGAUCAAGUGCGUGGUUCG